ACCAUGAUUUUACCUGGGAGACCCUUAUCGGUAGAAUUCUGGCCGAUGGUAGAUUUGGCCAUCAUCAUUAUUGUUCCCAAAUAUACUCGUAUAUCUUCGCCAGCAGAUUCUGACAUUCUCAUUUCGACCUUGUUGACGCGACAUAGAUUUUAAUUAUUUUUUCUUUUCUACAACCCGUGUACAGAUUGUAUCAACAUGGCAAACGAAGCAACGGGAUAUUUCAGGAGAGUCGCCGAAGAUGGUCAACUUGGUACUGCCACAGCAGCCUACGAGCAGCGCGACCAACUUGCAUACCAGUUAUCCAGGGUACCUUUCAAAAGCCCACGGCCAAUCAAAAUGAUUGUUGCCGGAGCCGGCAUCAGUGGUCUCUCCAUGGCGCAUGAGAUUGAAGCUGGCAAUAGGAUGAAAGCAGUCACGUUGACAGUCUACGAAAAGAACCCCGGAAUUGGAGGAACGUGGUAUGAAAAUAGGUAUCCAGGGUGUGCCUGCGAUAUCCCUGUGCACAACUAUCAGUUCUCAUGGGCGCCGAACCCCUAUUUCGAGAACUAUUAUGCAACCUCAGGGGAGAUUCGACAGUACCUGGAAGACGUGGUGGAUCAGCAUGGGUUGCGGAGGUAUUUGAAGCUCUCGCAUAAGGUCGUUGGCGCCAAGUGGAUCGAGGAGCGAAUGAAAUGGCAAGUCGAGGUUGAAAGAACGCAUCACCGUGACAGGAGCACUUCAAUUGCUGGGGAGACAGCGAAUCAGCAGCCAGAGAGAUUCAUCGACGAAUGCGAUGUGUUUAUCAGCUGUACUGGAUGGCUGAAUGAUUGGAAAUGGCCGUCGAUACCCAACAGAGAAGUCUUCGAGGGGGAGCUACUUCACUCUGCCAUUUGGCCCGAGAACCACAGAUUCAACCCAAACCAGACCGUAGCACUGAUAGGUAAUGGGAGCAGUGGGAUUCAAAUACUGUCGGCGAUUGUGAACCAAGUGAAGAAAAUAUACGUCUUCCUUCGAACGCCGACAUGGAUCAGUGGAGGAUAUGCACAAAAGUUUGCCCGGCAAGAGGGAGCCAACUACGCCUUUGAUGAAGAGCAGAAGAAGAGAUGGGCAGAGAACCCGGACGAAUAUUAUGCAUACAGGGUGGAGGUGGAGAGCGAGCUCAACUCUCGGAUGCGCAUGUACAUCAGAAAUGGCAAGGAACAAGCGUCAGCCAAGUUGGCUACUUCUGAGUUGAUGUCAAAAAGACUGGCCGGCCGGCCAGAUCUGAUUAAGCUUCUGCUUCCAGAGUAUGCAGUAGGAUGUCGUCGGCCGACUCCGGGCAAUGGCUAUCUUGAGGCUCUGUGCUCGGACAAGGUGGAGGUCGUCUGGGGAGAGAUCGAUUCCUUCACCAGAACGGGGCUUUGCACAGCUGAUGGUCGUGAGGUUUCGGCUGACUCCAUCAUCUGCGCGACAGGAUUCAACGUCGCCUUCGCCCCACGAUUCCCAAUCAUCGGACAGAACAACGUCAAUCUUCGAGAGAAAUGGGUCGUCAAUCCGCAAGCAUAUCUUUCAGUGACGACAACGGACAUGCCAAACUACUUUGUAUACUUGGGUCCUGGAGCACCGGUCGGUCAUGGGAGCAUGAUUUCCUCCAUUGAAUUUAUCACCGCGUACAUUUCCGAUCUCGUACGAAAACUGCAGACGGAAAAUUACGGCUACGUGCGUCCAAACCCGGAGUCGGUGGAAUUUUGGCAACGGCAGAGCCUUUCAUGGUUGGAACAGACCUCUUACAAUUCUCCUUGCACCAGCACGUACAAGAACGGCGUCAAAGACGGCCCACUGGUGUCGCUGCACGGAGGAACCCGCCUCCACUUUUUCCAGUUGCUCCUGACCAAACGCUACGAGGAUUUCGACUGGGUCAGCUUGUGUCCAGACCCGUCAAUGAAAUUUGCCUGGCUCGCGGGUGGGUUUACCCUGGAAGAGGCCGAGCGAGCCCAAAAGCUGGCAAGAGGUGUGGAUGAGUUUGAAGAUAUCUCAUGGUUCUUCCCUCCAGCGGGUCCCAAAGGAAUCAUAAAGCCACGACAAGCACUCAACGGAGAAAACGCAACGGAAAAUACCCCUUGAUGAAGUCUCCCCCAAAAUGUCGCACAAGGCCGACAAAUCCGGCAACUCAAAAGUCGACGAGCAUUUGUGGGCUACAGCACUUUGGCUUUUUGGCGGCUAGGCAGUCAGGCUUGGGGCGGUAGACAAUCUGAAUCUGUCAACAGCUUCUGCUUGGCCUUUCACCCCAUAGAAACAGUCCGCCUUCACAUCGUUCCGCCUUCAAGGCUA